GUCAGCCUUAACUUUGAUAUUCACAUGGUCUCCUCUCCUAGUCAAUAUGAUUUAUACUUUGCACAUAUCUCAUAGCCUAUCUUUUUAUUUUAUCACACUAAUAAUAUCAUCAUAGUUGUUUAUAUAUUAUCAUUCCAAAAUACAUAACUACAAAGUGAAAGUAUUUCAAUCAUGACUGGAGGAAGAGAAAUCUUGCACAAGAUGAAGGAAAAGGCAUGUUUUAUUUCGUCCAUGCCAGACUCACCAGAUACAAGAGGCAAGGGUGGAGCAUCAAAGCGGACCACUCACGGGUCCCACCUGGUGAAGGGAAAGUCUAAUCAUGCGAUGGAAGAUUGUUUAGUUUGUGAGUUUAAGCAAGUCAAUAACAACGAAUUGGGCCUAUUUGCAAUCUACGAUGGACAUAUGGGCCAUGAUGUGGCUAACUACUUGCAGACACACUUGUUUAACAAUAUUUUGAAAGAGCAUGACGUUUGGACUGAUACUGUGAGUGCAACUCGUAGAGCUUAUAAUACAACAGACAAAGAUAUUCUGGAAAAAGCAUUCGAAUUGGGAAAAGGAGGUUCAACUGCAGUUACUGCAAUGCUGAUUAAUGGUCAAACGCUUAUAGUUGCAAAUGUGGGAGAUUCUCGAGCAGUCAUAUCCAAGAAAGGUGUUGCCAAGCAGCUAUCGAUUGAUCACGAGCCAAACAGGGAAAGGGACAUAAUUGAAAGCAAAGGCGGUUUUGUUUCAAACAUUCCAGGUGAUGUACCUCGUGUUGAUGGACAGCUUGCUGUUGCUAGGGCAUUUGGAGAUAAGAGUUUGAAGAGACAUCUUAGUUCAGAUCCAGAUGUGGCAAUUGAGUUGAUAGAUAACGAUGUAGAUCUCAUCAUUUUGGCAAGCGAUGGUCUGUGGAAGGUAAUGUCGAACCAAGAGGCAGUGGACUGUAUUAAGAACAUGAAAGAUGCGAAAGCAGCAGCUAAACAUUUGUCAGAAGUGGCGAUUUCAAGGAAAAGCAAGGAUGAUAUUUCCUGUAUAGUUGUAAAGUUUCAGUGAAAGGGAGUCCUUUUGCAAGUAAAACUGGGCUGUACAAAUUUUUUUUGAAAUGAUAAUGUUUUCCUGCUGAAUAGCGCUUUGUUAAGUUGAACAUAUUUCCACUGUCCUCCAAACAUUUCCCCUGUAUAAGAAAUCAGUGUAAAAUGUAUUCAUUGUUAAGUACUGUAUAUUCAUUUUCUCAGACAAA